AUGGGAUCAAGACCUGAGAUCGCACAGUUCGACGGAAAAGGCGAUUUCGCGAUCUGGAAGAAACGGAUAUUGGCUAACAUCACAGUCCAGGGUCUCAAGGAUCUUCUCAAAGAGAAGGAGGAGGUUACAAUGACGGAGCAGGAGAUUCUCGAAGAAACUCCAGCUGCAAGGAAGAAGCGACUUGAGGAUAAGGCAUCGUGGUUAGAACGAGACGAUAAGGCGUUGAAUCUGAUCUUCAUGUAUGUGAAUGAUCUGAUAUUGAGGAAGCUCGAUAAGUGCACAACUGCAGCUAAGGCUUGGGAGACUUUGGAUCGUCUUUAUCUCGCGAAGACGUUACCUAACCGAGUCCACUCGCAGUUGAAGGUAUACUCGUUCAAGAUGCAUGAUUCUAAGUCGAUAGAUCAGAACGUAGAUGACUUCACAAGGCUAGUUGCAGAUCUUGGAAAUUUGAGUAUUGAAAUCCCAGAAGAGGUUCAGGCUAUUCUCUUGUUGAACUCGCUGCCCUCAAGAUACGAUCAGUUAAAAGAGACUCUCAAGUACAGCCGAGAGGGAAUCAAGAUGGAGGAAGUAGCUAGUGCAGCAAGGUCUAAGGAAUCUGAGUUUAGGGAUAUGCCAAGUUCGAGAAGUAAUGAUGGUGAAAGCCAUUACGUGAGAGGCAGGGAAGAAACCAGAAGCUUCAAGCCAGGAAAAGGGAAGCAGAACAACAAGUCAAGGUCAAAGUCUAGAGAUGGCAAGAAGGUCUGCUGGAUUUGUGGAAAGGAAGGACACUUCAAGAAGCAGUGCUACAAAUGGUUAGAGAGAAAUAAGGGCAAGUCUUUCUCUCAGGAUAAUGGUGAAGCGUCUCUGGCAAGAGACGAUGCAAAGGAUUUGGUGGGUCUUGUGGCUCAAGAAGUGAAUCUUUCGCAAGGCAUCAACAACGGAGAUGAAUGGAUCAUGGACACUGGGUGCUCAUUCCACAUGACACCAAGGAGAGAUGUAUUCCUCGAAAUGAAGGAUAUGUGUACAGGACGUGUCAACAUGGCAAACAAUACUCAGGCACAUGUUAGAGGCAUAGGUUCAGUACGUUUUCAGAACCCUGAUGGCACUACCUUUGUUUUACAUGAGGUGCGUUACAUGCCUGAGAUUGGAAGGAACCUGAUCUCCCUGGGAACGUUAGAGGAGAAGGGUUGUGUCUUCAAAGGUGGAGGUGGAGUGUUGAAGGUUAUCAAGGGAUGCACCGUGUUCAUGAAAGGUUCGAGAAAUGGGAAAGACACGCUAUACUUUCUUCAAGGGAAAGCCAAAUCAGGAGAAGCAUGUGCAGCAACGAGUGAUACAACUAGUCAGAAGCUAGCCAAGGAAGAUGACACGAAGUUAUGGCAUAGCAGAUUGGGUCACGUAGGGCAAAAAGGCUUGGAUGUUUUGGUCCAGAAAGGGUGUAUCGAGAAGAAUCAAGUGUCAAACCUGGAGUUUUGCGAGGACUGUGUUAUGGGGAAGACUCACAGAUCAAGUUUUGGCCCAGCUCAACACGUCACCAAAAGCAAACUCGACUACAUCCAUUCAGACUUAUGGGGAUCUCCAAAUGUUCCCAUAAGUCUAGGUAACAGUCAAUAUUUUAUCUCUUUUAUUGAUGAUUGGUCUCGGAAAGUUUGGAUUUAUUUUCUUAAGUCUAAAGAUGAAGCUUUUGAUAAAUUUUCUGAGUGGAAAAGGAUGGUGGAAUUACAAUCCGAAAGGAAAGUAAAGAAACUAAGAACUGAUAAUGGUUUGGAGUUUUGUAAUAACAGGUUUGAUGGUCUCUGCAAACAAGCUGGUAUUGUCAGGCAUAAGACAUGUGCCUACACUCCACAACAAAAUGGAGUUGCAGAACGUCUAAACAGGUCCAUCAUGAAUAAGGUUCGAAGCAUGCUGAGUGAAAGCGGGCUGGAGCAAAGAUUCUGGGCAGAAGCUGCUUCAACGGCAGUAUAUCUGAUCAAUAGAUCACCGUCGUCGGUUAUAGACUUCGAAAUCCCAGAAGAAAGAUGGACCUCAGCUGCACCAGACCUAUCAAACCUCAGAGUGUUCGGGUGUGUCUCAUAUGUUCACUCAGAUGCAGGAAAACUCAAUCCGAGAGCUAAGAAGGGAGUAUUCACCGGUUACCCUGAAGGCGUCAAAGGAUACCGAGUUUGGUUACUAGACGAAGAGAAGAUCACGAUAAGCCGAAACGUGGUCUUUAGAGAAGACAUGAUGUACAAAGACAUCAAGAAUUCGACCACACAAUCAGGUAUUAACUUUACACCUAUUUCUACUGAUGUGUGUGUGAGAAAUGGUCUUGCAGGUGAUAACAGGGAACCAGAUAGCUCAACUCAAGGUGGAGCUGAUCAGAGAGAAGGAGGUCCCUCUGAACCAACUCAGGUUGAACAAGGUAGCAGUUCUGGGAACUCAGAAGCAAAUGCCAAAGCGCUUGAGGACUAUCAACUAGCCAGAGAUCGGUCACGAAGACCAACUCGUAAACCACUCAGACUUGAAGAUUAUCAGAUUGAGGAAGACGAAGACGACAUCGCAGGCUAUGCGUAUGUAGUGAUUGAAGAUGGUGGAAAACCAGAGCCAGGGAACUUUCAGGAAGCCCUGAGAGAUCCAGACAGCGAGAAGUGGUUAGCAGCUUCAGAUGAUGAGAUGGAGUCACUGUUCAAGAACAAGACCUGGAAGCUAGUGGACAGAUUUGCGACUCAGAGACCUAUCGGUUGCAGAUGGAUCUUCACAAGGAAAGCGGGUAUCGUGGGAGUGGAGAAUCCGAGAUUUAAAGCAAGAUUGGUUGCCAAAGGAUACUCUCAGAAAGAAGGAAUAGACUAUCAGGAGAUCUUCUCACCUGUUGUGAAGCAUGUGUCAAUCCGUUUUCUUCUUUCAAUGGUGGUUCAUUUCAACAUGGAGCUUCAACAGAUGGACGUGAAGACGGCGUUUCUCCAUGGUUACUUGGAUGAGACGAUUUAUAUGGAGCAACCAGAGGGUUAUGAGGAUGAGAAGUAUCCAGACAAGGUCUGCCUACUUCAGAGAUCGCUAUACGGCCUAAAACAGUCACCUCGUCAAUGGAACACAAGGUUUGAUAGUUUUAUGCAGUCUCAUAAGUAUGUGAGGAGUGAGUAUGAUAGCUGUGUGUACUUCAAGGAGCUACGAAGGAAUGAGUAUGUUUAUCUUCUCCUUAUGUGGAUGACAUACUCAUUGCCUCAGAAGAUAAGAAUCGAAGACAGUUUCUACAGCAAUGGGAGCUCAUUUCAGGUUCAUGGCAGCUACAGAGGAGGAACUACAAGAUCAGAGAGAAGAGAUGGAGAAGAUCCCAGUGCAGUGGGAAGUCUGAUGUACUCGAUGAUUGGUACACGUCCUGACUUGGCAUACUCUGUGGGUUUGGUAUGCAGGUUCAUGACUAACCCGAUUAAGGAACAUUGGUUGGGAGUCAAGUGGAUUAUGCGAUACAUGAAUGGUACCUCAGAUAUGAAGAUUAGUUACAGGAACGAAGGAGAUUUUGUGCUCAAGGGUUAUUGUGACUCAGACUACGCAGCAGACAUGGACAAAAGGAGGUCCAUUUCUGGAAUAGUUUUUACACUUGGAGGAAACAGGAUAAGCUGGAAAUCAAGUCUACAAAAGACUGUGGCCUUAUCGACGACUGAAGCAGAGUAUGUUGCUUUGGCGGAUGCAGCAAAGGAGGCCGUUUGGUUAAAAGGUCUGAUGAACGAGUUAGGUUUCAAGCAAGAAGCUGUAGACAUCUAUUGUGAUUCUCAGAGCGCGAUUGCAUUGGUAAAGAAUGCAGUUCAUCAUGAGAGGACGAAGCACAUCGAUGUCAAGCUUCACUUUCUCAGAGAUUUGAUCAGUAUGGCGAAGAUCCGAGUGCUGAAGAUUGCUACAGAUUACAAUCCAGCGGAUAUUUUUACUAAGGUGUUACCGGUGGGCAAGUUUCAAGAAGCCUUGGAGCUGCUCAGGAUUUCAGGAUUUCACGGAAGUAAAGUCACCACUUAA